AUGGGUGCGAGGAGUUUGAAGAGCUCCAUCCGGCAAAACCUCUCCUCAAACAAGUGCUUCAUCAAGGUGCCUCGGGAGAAAGGCAAGCCAGGGAGAGGUGGCUUUUGGAAGCUUGACCCGCAGUACGCUGACCGGCUCAAGAGCGGUGCCUUCAAAAAGCAGAGGAUGCGCCCAGUGCAGAUCCACCCAGCCUCCACCGAGAAAGCCCAGCAAGAAGCACAGCGUGGCGCCUCCCUGGCCACAUACGAUUGUGCUCCCAAUAAAGUCUUCUCUGUCAGCAUGGAGUCACAGCAGCUGCUGGAAGAGUUUGAAGAAUUUAUCAAGAACCAGAACCCGAAUCUGGUGGAUGUCAAAGCAGGGCUCAAGCGCAAGCAGCCCUUGCCCAAGCAAAUGGCCAAGGUGCGUCGGCUCUCCAACUCUGCCUUGCUGACCCAGGAGGAGCAGACCCAGCUGGGAUCCCUGAAAGGGGACACUGACACCAACCUAAACAGGGAGUUCUCCACUUCUGGGGAUCUGGAGGUCACACCUCCUGUCAGCCCCAAAAAGCACAACCUGGAAGUGGUGGUACAUGGGCAGCACGUUGACUGUCCCCAGGGGCUGGAGCAGGUCCUCUCUGAGUCCAACCAGAACGACCUGAGCUUGGACGAAAGCUCCACGGCUGCUUCCUUCCUGCAGCAUCUCUUUGAUGAAGGGACAAGCGAUUCCUUUUGCAAUACUGUCAAUGUGGAGCAGUUGUUUAACGUCAGUGAUAUAUCUGUACCAGCAGAUGUAAGCGACUGGAGCAGCCUUGCGUCCCUCUUGUAA